GGUGUUGAGAUCCAAAACUUCCUUUCGUCUCGAGUUAUUUUGGCCAUGAUAACAAUGUGAUUGUUAUAUUCUUUCGAAGCAACUCAUUAGUAUCAUCGUAUCCUUCUGUUAAUUGGGGCAUCUCUCAUUUCAUUUCCUUUUCAAUGCUGGAUUACGAUAAUACAUAGAGUCAGUCAGUCAUUGAAGCCUCUUUUCGCGAGUAACAAGUGGGAUCGUUUGCGCCGGGUCUCCCGUUACAUACAGUUAGCACGACAUUCGAAACUUGCGAUGAAGCAGGUGUAUCCUUGGGUCUGAUUCACAUCUAUUCUCUUUUAUAAAAGGUUCCUCGCUGGCAACCUUUUACAUUGUUCCAUCGCUACAUUGUUACAUUUUCACAGGCAUUUUAUGCUACCUUACUAUUUCCAUUGAACCUUCAGCCUAGGAAGUAGAUUGCGGAGGCGGCGCAUUUCUCGACCCGACCCCGCCCACCAUUUAAGUACUUGACAUUCUGCCAACAUAUGCCAAUUCUUAGAAUAGUCCUAAUUUGUCCGUCUUUAUGUCGUCUAUUCCCUUUAAAAGACUUCUGGUCUUACCGACCACCUUUUCGUACGCACUGGGUCAAUAUAAACCAGAUGCAUUGUCAUCCUCGCGCCCAAGUUACCUAGGAACAUUUGUGCAACUAUAUCUGUUGCAGUUCAUAGGCUUUGUGAUAUGGAGAGUGAUCCUGUAUCCUUUCUACUUUUCACCACUUAGACAUUUGCCCUCGCCGAAAGGUGGUAGUUGGUGGAAUGGUCAUUGGAAGAGAAUUUCCGGAGAGCCGACUGGACAGCCUAUGCUUGACUGGUAAGCUUCAUCCGUUAUACCCUUACACAUAUAUCUAAUGAUGUAAUAGGAUAGAGGAAGUUCCAAAUGACGGCAUCAUACGAUAUCUGGGAAUUUUGAAUUCGGAGAGAGUUAUGGUCACCAAUGCCAAAGCGCUCAGCGAAGUUCUUACCACUAAAAAUUAUGACUUCGUCAAACCGUCUACUGUUCGCCUUGGAAUAGGGCGUCUUCUUGGAAUUGGAGUUCUUUUGGCAGAGGGAGAGGAACAUAGAGUACAGAGAAAAAACCUCAUGCCCGCAUUCGCAUUUCGGCAUGUUAAGGAUUUGUAUUCCGUUUUCUGGGAUAAAUCUUGUGAAGGUUUAAAAGCUAUGACCACGGAAGUCAAGGGGAAGGAAUGCGGCGAUAUUCCUAAUGAUAUGAUCGGAGAAAAGAAUGGAAGUGAUGGAAAUAUUGACCAACCGGAAAAGGGUGUGGCAAUCAUAGAAGCCAUGCAGUGGGCAAGCAGAAUAACAUUGGACAUAAUCGGUACAGCUGGUCUGGGCAAAGAUUUUGGUGCCAUCCAGGACCCUAAUACAUUACUCAACAGGACUUACAGGACUGUCUUCAAGCCAACACGCUCUGCGCAGAUUCUUGGAUUCCUCCAGCUUUUCCUACCUGGAUGGUUUGUGAAAAGGAUACCCGUCAAAAGAAAUGGGGAGAUCGAGGAAGCUGCAGAAACUAUCAGAUCCGUUUGUAGAGAUCUCAUUCACGAGAAAAAAGCCAAGCUAGAGAAAAAGGAGCUGACCGAUGUGGAUAUUUUAAGUGUCGCACUGGAGAGUGGAGGCUUUCCCGAUGAAAACCUUAUUGAUCAACUUAUGACUUUCCUAGCAGCUGGCCACGAGACCACCGCGAGUGCGAUGGCUUGGGCAAUUUAUCUACUCUGCGCAUACCCAGAAGUCCAAUCUCGUCUUCGCGAGGAAGUCCGCGCAAAACUUCCUAGUCCAGACUCAACUGCUACUGUCACAAACCAGGAUAUUGAUUACAUGCCCUAUCUAAACGCUGUAUGUAACGAAAUCCUCCGCUACUUUCCACCCGUUCCUCUCACUCUUCGUGAAGCCGCUGUUGAUACCAUUAUUUCCGGUCAUCGGAUUCCCAAGGGCACACGCGUAAUGCUUAUUCCAUGGGCCAUCAACAAAGACGAAAAGAUGUGGGGUCCUUCUGCGCGAAAAUUCAACCCCGAUCGAUGGUUACCCGAGAAUGGCGACUCUCACAAUACGAGCGGAGGAAGCUCAAGUAAUUAUGCAUUUCUUACUUUUUUGCACGGGCCAAGAAGUUGCAUUGGGCAAGCAUUUGCGAAAGCCGAGUUUGCUAUUUUGUUGGCGACCUGGAUCGGGAGGUUUGAGUUUGAGUUGAGGGAUAAGAAUAUGAUGGAUGAGAAGAAUUUGUAUAUCAAAGGGGGGGUAACGGCAAAACCGGCGAAGGGUUUGUAUGUUAAGGUUAAGGUUAGAGAAGGUUGGUAGAGACUGGGGUUUGGGAAUUAUAUUUUACGGUAAAACGUUUAGAGACAGGAUGGAUUUGUAGAUAAAUUAUAUAUACUCUACCUCAAACUUCGUUUCCUUCUCAAUGCUGGCUUUGCACAAUGGUUGUUCGUCUUCGAGCGGUUCUCUACUCUACUACUUUCAAGCUGCAAAUACAGUUGUAUGGCGUCAUGGGUU